GGAGGAGGAGGGGAGGUGGGCAGUGACUAAAGCCUGUCUCUGUGAGAGGAAAGAGAGUGCUGCUCUGAACGCUCCUCACAUUUUCAACAGGCUGCGCAGGGGACAGGAUCUAAGAGAACAGGAAUCCCUGUGUGUGUGUGUCUGUGUGUGUGUCCGAGAGUGAAUGAGUGAAAAMGGAGUACAUAAAUCUGUCUUAUAGAAACCUCCACGCUGGACAUUGGGCUCAGGACUGGAAGAUACAGAGAGGUUAUUCUGAGGAAGAAGAGGAGCUACACUGUCAAAUUUUUUAUCUGAUUAAAAGGGGAAGAAGAGGAGAAAGGGACAUGUCACGUGCAAUCCCGAGAAGAAACACCAGCAAGCAAGGUUUGCAGAACCUCUUGAAAAUCACCACCCAAAGGAGCGUUGAGGAUGCAGAGGAAGUGGAGCGAGAGCGUCGGCGCAGGGCCCGGGAGUCCUUCCGCAGUAUGGGCAGCACCAGCACCUCGGACCCUGGAGGCCCUUCAUUGGACAAUGUGGUACUGGCUGAGGACGGCCUGUAUGAGAGUGAUCUGAAGCCUAGCAGCAGCUCUCCUUCUAUGGAGGAGGACGAGGGCUUCAGUGACUGGACCCAGCGGUUGGAGAGACGCCGGCAGCAGGCCCAGCGCAUGGAGGAGCUCAGUCAGGCCCCAGAGGAGCAGGACCAGAGGCCCCUGAACGGUGCCGCAAAAGCCCCCACACCACAUACCCUCUCUGCCUCAGCCACCCCCACCACAUCCACCUCUCGUCUGCAGAGACAACACAAGGCAGAAGCGGAGGAUGAGGAAGAGAAGAAGUUGGGAAGAAAGGAAAGUGAGAGGAAAAGGAGGGAGCGAGAGGAGGUGGAGAGAGAAGAGAGGGUGCAAAAGGAGAGGGAGAGAGAAGAGGAGGGAGCGAAACAGAGGCAGGAGAAGAUGAGGGUGCUCAAGAAGAGAGAGGAGGACCAAAGACCAGAUGCUAAGGAGAUGUUCCAGUUGAAGGAGAAGAGAAAAGAUGUGAAGGUCUCCUACACAUCCCAAGUCGUCCUGCAGACGGAGGCAAAGCAUGCUAACACCAACGGAGACACAGCUGGGGAGGAAAUUACAUCAUAUAUGGCCAAAACCAAAUUAAGAGCUCCCAGGGCUGUGGUACAAGUGGCAGUGGUCGCGCCUGAGGAGGAGGCGGAGGCCAUCUUAGAGGCCAAGCUGGUGAAGAUCCGGCGUAGCCAAGCAGAGAAGGAGAACCAGGAGCUUGAGCAGCUCAGACACAAGCAGGCUGAGGCCGAGCAGGAGCUGGAGGAGCUGAAGAGGAGGAGGGAGGAGAGACGCCAGGUCAGGGAGGGGGAGGAGCGCAGGAGCAGGGAGGAGGAGCAGCAGCGCCUGGCCAAGGAGGAGGAAGAAAAGAGGAGGAUGAAGGAGGACAUAGAGAGGAGGAGGAUGGAGGCAGCAGAGAGGAUGAAGAGCCUCAGUACCUCCAGUGUGGAUGGAGAUGAGUUGUUUAGCCCGCUAAAUCCCAAAGGCUCCAUCUACAAGAGAGAGAAUGAUGAGAGUUUGACAGCAGAAAAUACAUUAUUGAUCACAGAAAGAACAGAAUCCUUGAACCGGUCCCUAAAGAAAAGCAACAGCUUCAAGAAGACACAGCCCCCUGUUCUCCUCGCCAAGAUCGAUGACAGGCUGGAGCAGUACACCCACGCCAUUGAGUACUCCCAGGAGGCCAAGGCAGCCAAACAGGGCCUGAUGGACAUCCCCAUGUCACCUGAGGCAGUGUCCUCCAAGAAGCACUUGUUUGAGGCUGGAGAGGCUUGGAACCAGAGCCCGUCCAAAGGCACACCAUCCAAGAAUGCUGAAGGUCUGAAGUUGGGUGUGGCAGACCUGAUCACCCAGUGGGUGAAGGGGAACCCAGAUGGCACAAGCAGGAACUCGCCCCCGAGACCAGCUGAUGUAAAAGCUGGUGACGURAUGCAGAAAAAGAACAUGUGGGAGAUCAUUGGAGAAACAUCCCCUGGGAGAUUAGGGGCAAAGGGCAAUCCAUCUGGUAAAAGGUACAAAUUUGUGAUGACUGCUCAUGGCAAAUAUGCGAAGAUUCCUGUUGAUGAUGAUGAAUAUAUGGAUGAAUACACCAAUGGAAAAGCAGACCUACCCCAUGGUGAAUAUUGAAAAACAUGUGUUGGUGGCAAAGACUUUCUUCUCAAGACGGUAUGAACUUCAACAACACCGGUCAGCUUGUCAGCAAGCCCUGUGACGAUAUCCUGAAGUUGCAUAUCUUUAUACCUUUCCUACCACCUUUAGUAGGUAACUUUAGAGAACUUUUCAAAAGGUUAGCCGUUGCUUUGUUUUGUGUAUCUGUAUAUUCACUUUGUACAAAGCAAUGAGAACUCCCCAAUUCUAUUUCAUCUUCAGACAUAAACUGAGUGUACAAAACAUUAAGAACAUCUGCUGUCUCCGUGACAUAGACUGAUCAGAGGAAUCCAGGUUGAA